AUGGUCCGAUUCGUGACUGCCCUCCUGGCCCUGUCGGCUACUGCGCUCGCCACCACCACCUGCAGCUCCAGCAGCCAGUGCCCUGAGAGCAAGCCCUGCUGCUCCCAGUAUGGCGAGUGCGGUACUGGCGCAUACUGCCUCGGCGGUUGCGACCCCCAAGCUUCUUUCUCCGUUGGCUCCUGCGCUCCUAUGCCCGUCUGUGAGAACAAGUCCUACACCUGGGAGAACCUGGACAACUCAAUCCUGAACACCAAGUACCUCGGCGAUGCUAGCAAGGCCGACUGGACCUACUCCGGUUUCCCCAAGAUUGAGGAUAACAACCUGGUCAUGACCAUGCCCAAGAACUCUGUCGGUACCCUGUUCGCCAACAACCACUACAUCUGGUACGGCAAGAUCUCCGGCAAAAUCAAGUCUAGCCGCGGCAAGGGUGUUGUGACUGCCUUCAUUCUGCUCUCCGAUGUCAAGGACGAGAUCGACUACGAGUGGGUCGGCGCCGACUUGACCGCUGUCCAGACCAACUACUACUGGCAAGGUGUUCUCGACUGGCACAACAGCGCCAACGCCUCCGUGACUGACGCUGAUACCUUUGAUGACUGGCACACCUACGAGAUCGACUGGACCCCCGAUCAGGUCCAGUGGAUCGUCGACGGUGAUGUCAAGCGCACGCUGCUGAAGUCCGACACCUUCAACGAGACCGCCAACCGCUACCAGUUCCCCCAGACCCCCGCCCGCCUGCAGAUGUCGCUCUGGCCCGCCGGCCAGGCUAGCAACGCCGAGGGCACCAUCGACUGGGCCGGCGGUGUGAUUGACUGGAACAGCCAGGACAUCAAGGACAAGGGUUACUACUAUGCCACUAUCGGUCAGGUCGACGUCCAGUGCUACUCGGCUCCUUCCGAUGCCGUCUCGACCGGCAACACUUCCUACCUCUACACCUCCGAGGCUGCCAUGGAGUCCGACGUUGAGAUCACCAGCAACUCCACCAUCCUGGGCUCCCUGGGUGCUACCGGUCUGGACAUGACCCUCGGUGCCAACAGCAGCAGCAGCGCCACCUCCACUGGCUCUGACAGCGUCCCCACUAACAACAGCGGUGCCGUGGGCGGUGCUGGCAACUCUACUUCUUCCUCCUCCAGCACAUCCUCCAGCGAUGGCUCCUCCGGCGGCAGCAGCACCACCUCCUCUAGCUUCAACCAGGGCACCACCGCCAGCAAGGACAACAGCGCCCCCAACCAGAACGAGCGCGUUCUGCGUGGCUCGCUCUUUGCCGUCUUGGUGGCUGUUGUGGUUUUGGUGACCCUGUAG